UUUCAUUUUUUGUUUGUUGCAAGGAUAAUUCAGUAAUUUGACUGCCCAGUUUCGGAAUCUACACGGCGACUAUCACAAAUUACUAAUAGCUACUUACACGCUCUAACUCUCUUGAAGAAAAUGUAAAACAACUUUUAAAUUUUGCAGAAGAGUGAUGGUCAAACGAAACAACAACAGUUGAUGCCUCUGUAGUUAUUGUGGAGAAUAUGGCAGUCACGCAACAAGUUGAUCUUUCAACACAAACGGCUGAAUCCUCGUCGGGCCGUGGACAGUGCGCUUAUGCAGAGGUGUGCGGAUGGUUGAAAGCUCUUCAGACUUCUACUCAGGCCCGUCUCAGUUCUAAACGAGGCCCUUUACUCAAGAAAAAAUUUUAGGGCUAAGAAGAAUAAAAAAAAAUCUAGGACCCUUUUUUUUUAAAAAAAAAAUAAUUUAAAACAUUUUCGGACCUUAUUCUGAGCAAAAAAAUUUCAAAAUUAUAAUGGGUUCUAUGCAAAUGUGCUCCUAGCACAUGCAGAGAGCCGGGCCUGCUUCUACUAUACGGUAGUCAAAUGUAAAUAUGAUGCUAACCUAUAAACAGAGCAGGCUCAACACUUCUUAAGGACUGUAGUGCAAAAAAAAAAUUUACUCUCUAAAAUUUAUAUAUAAAUAAUGUUUAAAAUAUUUUUAAAAUUUAAUCAGUAAUAUUUUAUAUAUUUUGUAGUGAAAAUAAAAUUAUAUACAUAUCAGACCCUUUUUAAUUUUAUUUAUUAUAUUUAUACUUUUUAUAUAUAAAAAUAUAAAUUUAUUAAAAAAACUAAACCCUUUAAUUAUUAUUAUACGGGGGACACGGCUUGGCCCGGAGUGGUCGCACCGGCCGGCCCUGCCUAUAAACUAAUAAUGGCAUGCUAACAAAAAAAAAAAAACUAAUAUUAGCAUCGCAUUAGGUGGUUGGGAAAUACGAAAUCAUUCAGGUGGCAUCUGUCAAUGGGGAGAAACUAGACUCAGGUUGGUGGAUUCAGCUUUGGAGGCAGAAGCAAAGAUACUUUUACUAAUCAUCCAAAAUAUACUCUUUCAAAGAUGCUCAGAGAUUGUUCUUGAAGGAGAUUGCAAAGUCUUGAUUGAUCAUCUCCACAUUUUAACGUUUUCAUUAGAAAUUGUCAAUAUCCGAAAAAAUAUCAAUUGGUGGGGCCUUGAAGUUCACGAGCUGCUCUUUCAAACAUCUAUAUAUGGAGUCAAGUGAGGUGGCUUAUGCUUUAGCCAAAAAAAGCCUUGACAAGUCCUAGUUUUUUAUUCAAAACUGGUACCUAAGACUUAAAAGACUUUUACUUUCAUUCUAACAAUAAUACACCUUUCCCAGGAAAAAAAAACAGGUGGCUGAGUUGAUUGUUCAGAAGAUAGACAUAAACAGGCUCCUGAAGAAUUCCUCCAGUUUUUUACCAACCAAAAGGACGAAGCAAAAGAUAACGUAACAAAAAAAUUCAGAGUUUAUUGUUAGUAAAUUCUUUAAACUUAUGGCAAAGAAGUUGGUACUGAUUGUCCUCCUAGCUUCACACUUGUUCGUGUCCGGAGUGUUGUCAGGGAGUAUCCUUACCAUAGAGAACAAAUGUAAUCAGACAGUUUGGCCAGUUAUCUUCUCAUAUGAUUCAAACCUCUCCACCACUGGUUUCGUUCUCAGAAGCGGCGAGGCGCGUGUCCUGCAGGCGCCGUCUUCAUGGUAUGGUCUUAUCUCGGCUAGGACGCUCUGCUCAACCAACUCGAGUGGUUACUUCUCGUGCGCCACCGGAGACUGUGAAUCCGGCUUCAUAGAAUGUCCCGGCUCAUAUUCUUGGUCUGCCGUGACGUAUGUCUACUUUAGAAUGGACCACGGCGGAGUUAGCAGCUACACGAUCACUGUCGAGCACGGUUACAACCUUCCCUUAGUGGUAGUCCCGUCACAGCCUAGCCAGACAUGUAUCAGCGCCGGUUGUUUGGUUGACUUGAACAAGACUUGUCCAGAGGAUCUUGGUUUUUUCACCGGUGGGAAACAAAUCGGCUGCAUUAGCGCGUGCAGAAAGUACAACACCAAAGAAAUUUGCUGCACUAAUGACUUCAGGUCAAAGCAAAGAUGCGAGAGGACGAUGUACACGAAGAACUUCGAGCAAGCUUGCCCACUCACCUAUAGCUAUGCCUUCGAAGAUAAUAACAGCACCAUGACAUGCCCUAAGUCAACUGACUUCGUCCUCACCUUUUGUCCCUCGUCCAUUCCCAAUAACACAAGAAGCUCCAUGUCUCCAUUUGCAGGACCCAAAAAUAAUUCUAAAGGGAAGUUAAAACCCAUACUCGGAGGUUCAUCAGCUUUAGCCGUGUUGAUCAUUGCUGUUGCGGUUGUGGUAAUGGUGAGAGCAAAGAAUGCGAGAAGAAAGCGUGAUUCAAAUUACGAGAACAUUGAAGCGGUUGUAAUGUUGAAACGAUAUAGUUAUGCAGACGUCAAGAAGAUGACAAACUCAUUCGCUCAUGUUCUUGGAAAAGGAGGAUAUGGAACUGUCUACAAAGGAAAACUACCCGAUUCGAGCGGACAAGAUAUUGCACUCAAGAUCUUGAAAGACCCAAAAGAGAAUGGAGAAGACUUCAUCAACGAACUAGCUAGCAUGAGCAUAGCAUCUCAUGUCAACAUCGUUUCUCUAUUUGGAUUCUGCUAUGAAGGGAGCAAGAGAGCUAUCAUUUACGAGUUCAUGCCUAAUGGAUCCCUUGACAAGUUUAUUUCCGAAGAUAUGUCAACGAAGAUGGACUGCGAAACAUUAUACAACAUUGCGUUAGGUGUUGCUCGUGGCUUAGACUACUUGCACAAUAGUUGUGUAUCAAAGAUUGUGCAUUUCGAUAUAAAGCCACAGAAUAUACUCCUAGAUGAAGAUUUGUACCCGAAGAUUUCGGAUUUUGGUCUUGCUAAGCUUUGCAAGAAAAACGAUAGCAUUAUAUCCAUGUUGGACGCGAGAGGGACCGUUGGUUAUAUUGCUCCUGAAGUGUUUUCCAAGAGUUAUGGAGCAGUUUCGCAUAAGUCUGAUGUGUAUAGUUAUGGAAUGGUGGUGCUUGAGCUCAUCGGGGUGACCAGUAGAGAGAGAGCUGAAACUUCUAGGUCUAAUAUGAGUACAAUGUACUUUCCGGAUUGGAUAUAUGAGGAUCUGGAGAGGAAUGAAAAUAUGAGAGUAGGAGAUCAUGUUAUUGAAGAGGAAGAGGAGAUAGUGAAGAAAAUGACAUUAGUGGGUUUGUGGUGUAUUCAGACCAAUCCAUGUGAUCGUCCACCGAUGAAAAAGGUUGUUGAAAUGUUAGAGGGAGGUGUAGAAGCUCUAGUGGUCCCACCUAAGCCUCUCUUGACUCCAGCCAUAAUGGCUUGGGAAACCGAUGAAGAGAGUGAAGAGACUACCAGUCUUUUGACACCAAGCCACUAGGAGAGAUUUUGACACAAACUCACUAAGGUUAGAUAUGUUUAUUAAUGUGUAAAAAAAUAUCUAUAGAAAAUCAAUAUUCAUGAAAAGAGCAUAAAUCUUGUGAACGUGAUUGAAACUAAACUCCCUAGUGUUUUUAAAAAAAAAAAUUGAACAAGUAGAGAAUAUAUAAUAUAAUAUAUAACAAAAUAAAUAUGCGCAUGCGUGUGUUAGAAGAUAGAAACUCUAUGAAGGGGCAUGUGAAAAGCUUACGUGCGGUUAUGAGAAGAGAAGCUCUUGCUCUGGGCACUGAACCUUUCUUUUUCUUCAGCUACUACAUGCAUAAACUAAAACCUAACUAAGUAAACUAAGAGAGAAUCGUUCGGUUACCUGUUUGUCAGCGGUUUGAAAUGUAAACCCAUCUUGAAACUGAGUUGGUAUUGUAUCAUCAUCGAUAUCAAAGACACUGAAAAGGAGAUCAAGGAGAGAAAGAAAAUAUCUUUUGAAAGUUUGAAACUGUGUCAUCUCAAGAGAUUCUUAAUGUUUUGGAUAUCUUGACUAAACCGGAAAAAAAUGCUCUUAAAUUCGGUUUACAUAAAAAUAAAGAGCAAUUCUCUCAAAUAUAUAUUUUUAAAUUUUUAUCACAAAAACAGACCUCAAAAACUUAAAAUGACCGAAAUGACAAUUUUUAUUUAGAAAAUUUUUAAAUUUUUUAUUUUUUAAAAUUUGAAAUCAUAUUUCUAAAACUCCACUUAUCGACUCUAAAUCCUAAAUUCUAAACUAUAAACUUUAAACUUUGAAUCCUAAACCCAACUCUUUAACUCUAAAAUUUAAUGUUUAGAUUAAUUAACCCUAUGGAUAUAAGUAUAUAAUUUACUUAUUUUGAUAAAAUGUUAAGUUUAUUUUAGUCAUUUUUAUUUUUAAGGUAAUUUUGUAGGUAUAUCAUAGAAAUUUUUUUAAAGAUAAGUGACGUGCUACCGCCACGUGCAUUAUAAGCAGUAAAAUCACGGCGACCACUGAAAAAUUCAACACCAAUCCUUCUUGAUCCCGUCUCCGUCGUAGAUCUUCUGUUUCGGCUUUUGGAAGGAGAAGAGAGAGCUAGCAUGGAGGAACACCACCAUUGCUGCAUUUACUCGAAGAUGCUCUCCAAAUGCACCUUCCCUUCACUCCUAAUCAUCUUAUCAAUCUUUCUAAUGGUUCGUGUAGUGUAUGUUUUGUACCGAUGUGGCAAACCUUUUCCCAAAGGAGCUUCACCCUCUUUUAGUACACUCGUUGUUCUUGGUUCUGGUAAGAAGAGGGUGUAUAUAAUAAUCAACUGGAUACAAUGUGAAUUGUGCGUAUUAUUUGACUGUGACUCUGGAACUAAGAGCACCUCCAACAGGGUUCUUCUCAUUGGAGUUCUUAAAAUAUGUACUAUGUAUAUAUAAAUAUAUAUUAUAUAGAUAUAAGUAUUUGUAGAGUCUACAAUUUUUGUGAAAUCUCAUAAACAAAUUUUUUUAAAGAUUCUUAAAAUCUCAUUUUAAGAAUUUUUGUCUAUGGGAUUCCACAAAAAUUGAAGAUCUCAUAAAUACUUAUACCUAUAUAAUAUAUACAUACAUAGAUAUAUACAUAGUACAUAUUUUAAGAUCUCUAAUGAGAAGAACCCUUAUUAGAACACCCUAAUUGGUGAACUCUUCCCAAAAUCUACUUUUGAUUAUUAUAAUUUUUUUUUUGGUUUUUC